UAAAAAAGGAGGUUGUAUCUUCUGUCAUCGGAUUUUUAGAUGGACUAAAUGUGAGAAUAAAUAUCUCCAAUAAAGCAGGUUGUUCUGUGAAUUCAUAGAGUAGGUCAAUGAAGAAUGAUGAAUCCAGUUAAUUGGUCCAAUUUCGAUCAGUCAAAUUUGUUUACAGAACCUUCUGAGAAUUCUUUCGGUCCACUGUUCGAUGAUUCCGGUGAUAUGCUAAAAUCAUUGCCUAUGUAUCAAUAUAAUCAUGAAAUUAUUGAGAAUCAGUUUAAUUCAGGUGAUAUUCAUUUUAUACAUGACCAAUUCAAACAACAGAACAAUAUUUUCAACUUUUCAACCAAGAAUGUUCAACCUCCAAAUGUAACUAAAAGACAUCAAAAAUGUAUUUCGUCUGAAAGUGUUGAUUUAAAGUUUACUGAAUCUUCUUCAGUAGUCACAAAUGGUGUCAGACGCCGUGGUCCUAAAAAGAAACCUGAUUCACAAGAACGUGUCAUCAGAAUGAAGAUGAGACGAGCACGUGCUAAUGCUCGUGAACGUAGCCGAAUGCAUGGACUGAACUCAGCAUUAGAUGCUUUACGACAACAUAUACCAUCUGCGUUAGUGAGUGGACAUAUUUCGUUUGAUCAUGAUAAGGAAGAACUCAUACAAAUCAAUACCACUGUUAAAAACCAUAAUACUAGUAGUAGUCAACAACAGAAUGGAAAAGACAGGGUAUCUUGGAAGAAUCAACAGUCGAAUAACUCAGGAAAUGAGAUCAGCAGUAGUUACAAUAACAAUAUUACUAAUUUGCAUCAAUUCGGUCAAAAAUUGAGCAAAAUUGAGACGCUUCGUUUAGCUUGUAAUUACAUUGGUCUACUAGCUUCGAUACUGAAUGAUAUACACUUUGAAUCGAUAACAGAUAUCAUAAAAUACUUAUGUCAUGGCUUAUCACAGAUAACAACCAAUCAGAUUGCAGCGGCUUUGCAGAGCGAUCCUUCUCGGUUAAUGAAGCAUUAUACAUUUGGUAGUGAUGAGAAGAAAUCACCAACUGAGACCAUCAUAUCACCAUCCUCAACAUCAUCAACAUUAGAAACAAACAAAUGGAUGCAUUAUCCGAAAACUGAUGACAACGUUAAUCAGAUGGAAAAACUUCAAAGGAGCAUUAUGGGGUCAACUUUAUUAGGAAAUAAAUUGACCGAUAAACAGAUAGUAAAUUGUUCAGACUGUCAAGAAGAUAUUUCUUCAUUUGCCACCCCAUCAAGCAGUUGUGAUAAAUCAGUUUUAAAUAUUUGUCAUUCUAUGGAAAUUUGUUCGUCGAACUGCACCGAAAUAAUAAAACCGCAAAAUUAUCUUCCUAAUAUUAAAUCAUGCGAACUUGAAAAUACUUAUAAUUAUGUUCUCUAUGAUGAAAUGGAUGAAUAUGCCUUAAGACUUCCAUAUUUUCCUAUUAAUUACGGUGUUCAUACCGGAGACAAUCAACUGUGUGAAACGAAUGACGUUGAAAAUUGGGUUAGUAAAACAAAAUUAUCAUUACGUGAUAAUCACCAGAAAUAUUUUACUCCUUAUUCUGAUCUUAAUAAUGAUAACAACAACGACCAAAGUUUAACAGUCGACUCAUCGCAGCUAGAUUUAAAUCCAAGCUUAGACCUCAAACCUUAUUUAUAUUGUUAUAGAGAAAGUCAAUAUCAUGACUCAAAUAGAAUGAUGGAUAAUCCUACUGAUACUGCUACUGAUAACUAUGGUACGGAUUAUGAUGUGACAAUGAAAAUAGUGAAUGCAGAUGCUAAAAUUGGAAGUCACUGAAAAUGAACAUUGAUUACUGAUAAUUGGUAACUAUUAGAUAUGUGGUGAUCACGUGUGACAAUUAUUCGCUCAGUUCAUGACGGAAACCGUUAUUAAUUAUUUACAAAUUUGCUUUUCUCUUAACAUUUGACUUUAAUUUCAGUUGUGAGGAUUUUUCUGACGAUGACCAGUGCUUUUUUGAAAUUAAAAAAUAAAUGAAAUAUUACACUAA